CAAACCUUUACUGGCGAAAUUGGCUCUGGAUGGCUUCAAGUUUUACAUGCUGCAGAACCACAUUUACGCUUUAUUACACUUAAAAAUGCCCCCACCCCCAAGUUGCAAAAAUUUAUGAUGCGAAGUUUCCAAAUGAAAACUUUUUGCCAUGCAUGAAAGGAGUAUGAAUCUUUCUGAUGCAGAUUCUAGUCGUGUAUCGCAUCGCUUGCAUGACAAGCGCCGCGCUUGCUGGGAUCUUCUGCAAUGCAAACUUUUUCUAUUCACGAUUGGAAAUCUGUGAUGUUGAUAGAUGCAAAAGGGCGAAUGUUUCAUUUGAAAAGGUUUGCAAUACAAAUGCUCCCAAGUUCGGUGGUGGGGGCAUUUUUCAUUGUAGUGCGCUUUCGUGUUCCAGAUUUUUGAUUCCCAAUUUGACAAAUUUCUGGACAUGCAGAAGAAAAGCGGGUUUGGACCAUCAAGUACAUCGUCUUCAACGAUGGGUGGAGGUAAUGCAACCGCUUACAAACCCAACGCGCAGAUCCUAUCAAUGAAAAAGCAGCAGAUUCUGAACACCAUCGAUGA